AAGUGGGAGGGCAGAGAGACAGAGGUAGAGAGAGAGAAAGAGAGAAAGAGAGAGAGGGGCCAGCGAGAAAGACUUUGUCAGAGAAAGGCAUCGGAGUGAAAGAGAAAGGAAAGCUCGUCUCUGUGUGUGUGUUUGUGAAGACAGCUGCGAAAGGAAGAUGCUGUGGAGUUUGUUGGCAGCGACGGCGGGUUCGGCAGCUGUCCUGUACGUCCUCUAUCGCUGGCUCAUCCCCGCAGCUGUGCAGAGAAGCAGCUGGCUGGCACUUCUGUGGCACGCGGUCAUCUUUGAGCGGGUCCUUGACAUCUUGACAGGAUCAUCACAACCUCAGCGCAUGCUGAAAGCCGUUCAGAAGAACGCCACAAAAGGAGACCCUCAGAGCGUCAUCUCCGCCAUCGACCAUUACUGCCGGAACAAAGAAUGGGCCAUGAACGUGGGCGAUGAUAAAGGGCUCAUACUGGAUUCGGUGUUGACGGAGGUUAACCCCAGCGCGGCUCUGGAGCUCGGCACGUACUGCGGCUACUCCACCGUUCGGAUCGCUCGACUGCUGUCCCCUGGCUCCAAACUCAUCACGGUCGAAUUUAACCCAGCCUUUGCCGCAGUUGCUCGUCAGAUCAUCGCCUACGCCGGCCUUCAGGACAAGGUUACUCUAGUGGAAGGACCCUCUGGUGAUUUAAUCCCCAAACUGAGGGAACGAUUUGGAGUCAAAUCUUUUGAUUUUGUGUUUUUGGACCACUGGAAAGAUCGUUACUUACUAGAUACUAAACUUCUCGAGGACUGCGGUCUGCUCCAAAAAGGCACUGUCCUGUUGGCCGACAACGUCAUUUGUCCCGGAACCCCAGAAUAUCUGAAAUAUGUGAGGAGCAGCCCACGCUAUGAAAGCAGAUACUACAAGUCCAACCUGGAGUACACCAAACUCGAAGAUGGCCUGGAGAAAUCUGUCUUUUUAGGAUGAGAAAGGUCUCAUUUAACAAGCAGAUGUAGGCCUACGUGAAAACAGGGUGGCACAAGGGGAAAAAGAACAGGCCACUUCCUCUAAAAUACCCAGCUGUUUGAGUCUACUGAUGUUUUUGUCCUUAACAAAACCCUCGCAACAAUGUAAUGCUGUGAAAUCGACUUAAAUGCACCAUUCCCGCUGAGCUACGGUUUGACCCGCUGACAUCUUCUGUUGGAUUUUUAAGAGAGCGGUUAUAUUGUUUGAUAAAACUAUGAAAUUCAAUCUCUUAAAAAUUCUCGUUUUUCAUAAGCAAAGAAUGUCACAGAAGUCUACCAAUGUAUUUUUUUUUUCAGUAUUUCUUUUUGUUUGUUUGUCUGUUUUUCCAGAACAAAUAUCUAAGCCUUUUUAGCAAAAUGACAUCAGAUAUUUAAUUUAGUUUUCUGAAGAAAUGUAUCAAAAUAAAUAACUUCUGGAUGUUGGGUAAUCAAAGAUAUUUUUUCUUGUUUGCUUUUUAUUUUCAAGAAAACAGCUUUUUAGAAUUUUUAGAUAUUUCUUCUGGAAAACAAGACAAAAAUACUGAGUAAGAAAACUCUUUUUGCAGUGUUUAUAUUGAUAUUGUGUUCAAAUAAAAGUUGAGGUUCAAUACAUAUGA